UAAAUAAAGCAAAACAUGUGGAAGUCUCCGUCAGAUGAACGCGAGAGAUUACUUCGUCGACAACGUGCAAUGGAGUUGUGGGGGCUGGCUCGUAAUUCUAUGCAAACUAAAUCAUACAAGUGUCCAUAUCACUCGUAUCAAAAUGUGCAUUCAUGUCAUCCAAUAAAUAUCGAAGCAAUGGCAGUGAAUGUGUACAGUACAAGUUGUACACAAGACAAUCUCAGUCGACAUGACAUCCUCACAUGGGUCAACGACAGUUUACAGACUAGUUAUGGUAAAAUAGAAGAAUUAUGUUCAGGUGCUGCUUAUUGUCAGUUUAUGGAUAUGUUAUUUCCAGGAUCAGUUUUGCUUAAAAAAGUGAAAUUUGGUACAAAUUUAGAACAUGAAUAUAUACAGAAUUUCAAGUCUCUCCAGUCAGCGUUCACAAAAUUAGGCGUGGAUAAGAUUAUACCAGUAGAACGAUUGGUAAAAGGUAAAUUUCAAGACAAUUUUGAGUUUGUUCAAUGGUUCAAGAAGUUUUUUGAUGCCAACUACCAAGGACAGGAGUAUGAUGCGUUAGGUGCUAGAGACGGACAGCAGCUCGGAUCAUCUGGUAAAGCUGCACAGAAACCUAAAUCACAAAUGUCUCAACUUUCAAAAGGUGGUUCAAAAGUAACAGCCAGCAGUAAAACCACAACUACACAGAGAAGUCCAGCUGCUCCACAACGGGCUCCAGCCCAGAAACCAGCACCGGUCAAUAGUCAUCAUGCUUCGGGCGAUACAGCUAAACUUCAUGCUUUAGAAGGCCAGUUGUCUGAGUUACGGUUUACUGUAGACGGUUUAGAGAAGGAGCGAGAUUUCUACUUUGGUAAACUUCGAGAUAUCGAGAUUAUAUGUCAGGAGGAUGAACACUCAGAUUCUAAUAAACGCAUUUUGGAAAUUUUAUAUGCAACUGAAGAUGGUUUUGCUCCACCUGAGGAGGAAGCUAAUGGAGAUGAAGACGAAUACUAGUGUCAGCUGUGUUUAUGUACAUUCUUAUUUCCAUCUUUCUGUCUGACCCACUUACUCCACCGGGGUCCAUGUGGACCUGUUCCAAAAUCUAGACUGAAGUUGAACAGUAGAUAGUUCAAAAGGCUCAGUGACACUGAAUUCAAAAGUGUACAAAUAAAAGAUGUAAUAUUGGUAUGUCAGCAAAUUGGAAUAUGAACUUCAAACAUUAAAGAAAACAGUUAAUCAUUAAGAAUGAAAAGUAGUAGAUGUUGACAAAAGAUUGUGUACAAUAUUCCUCCAGCAGCAAGAGAUUUUUCAACAAGGAAGUACUUUCAUUCUGUAACUUGGUGUUUGUUAUAUGUUUAAAAAUUUCGGAUGGAGGUUAGACAAAAAAAACCUUCAAGCUUGUAAGUGUUUAAAUAAAUUGGAUCUUGGUAAAAGUGCUUGUCUAUACAUUCUAUGUUUCAUAGACAUGUAGAUAUUCCGAUUCAGAUAUAAGAAGGCACUAUAUUAAAUGAUAUUUCUCUGCUAUUUGUAUGUAUAUUUUGAUUGAUUUGCUUCAAAAUUGUUAAUUUUUGGGUAGUUCUGUACACAUAGAUAUUCUAUUAAUGCUACAUAGUGUCUAAGCUUUCAGGCAAUGUUUUAUCUCUAUUUUUAGCUCACCUGUCACAAAGUGACAAGGUGAGCUUUUGUGAUCAUGCGGUGUGCGUCGUCCGUGUGUGCGUCCGUCCCUCCAUAAACUUUGGCUUGUGACCACUCUAGAGGUCACAUUUUUCAUUGGAUCUUUAUGAAAGUUGGUCAGAAUGUUCAUCUUGAUGAUAUCUAGGUCAAAUUCAAAACUGGGUCACGUGCCUUGAAAAACUAGGUCAGUAGGUCAAAAAAAAGAAAAACCUUGUGACCUCUCUAGAGGCCAUAUUUUUCAUGGGAUCUGUAUGAAAGUUGGUCUGAAUGUUCAUCUUGAUGAUAUCUAGGUCAACUUGGAAACUGGGUCACAUGCGGUCAAAAACUAGGUCAGUAGGUCUAAAAAUAGAAAAACCUUGUGACCUCUCUAGAGGCCAUAUAUUUCACAAGAUCUUCAUGAAAAUUGGUCAAAACGUUCACCUUGAUAAUAUCUAGGUCAAGUUCGAAACUGGGUCACGUGCCAUCAAAAACUAGGUCAGUAGGUCAAAUAAUAGAAAAACCUUGUGACCUCUCUAAAGGCCAUAUUUUUCAUGGGAUCUGUAUGAAAUUUGGUCUGAAUGUUCAUCUUGAUGAUAUCUAGGUCAAGUUCGAAACUGGGUCACGUGCGGUCAAAAACUAGGUCAGUAGGUCUAAAAAUAGAAAAACCUUGUGAACUCUCUAGAGGCCAUAUAUUUAAUGAGAUCUUCAUGAAAAUUGGUCAGAAUGUUCACCUUGAUGAUAUCUAGGUCAAGUUCGAAAGUGGGUCACGUGUCUUCAAAAACUAGGUCAGUAGGUCAAAUAAUAGAAAAACCUUGUGACCUCUCUAGAGGCCAUAUUUUUCAUGGGAUCUGUAUGAAAAUUGGUCUGAAUGUUCAUCUUGAUGAUAUCUAGGUCAAGUUUGAAAGUGGAUUACGUGCCAUCAAAAACUAGGUCAGUAGGUCAAAUAAUAGAAAAACCUUGUGAUCUCUCUAAAGGCCAUAUUUUUCAUGGGAUCUGUAUGAAAAUUGGUCUGAAUGUUCAUCUUGAUGAUAUCUAGGUCAAGUUCGAAACAGGGUCAUGUGCAGAUGAAUUAGGUCAGCAGGUCUAAAAAUAGAAAAACCUUGUGACCUCUCUAGAGGCCAUACUUGUGAAUGGAUUUCCAUUAAAAUUGGUCAGAAUGUUCACCUUGAUGAUAUCUAGGUCAGGUUUGAAACUGGGUCAUGUGCCUUAAAAAACUAGGUCAGUAGGUCAAAUAAUAGAAAAACCUUGUGACCUCUCUAGAGGCCAUACUUUUCAUGGGAUCUGUUUGAAAGUUGGUCUGAAUGUUCAUCUUGAUGAUAUCUAGGUCAAGUUUGAAACUGGGUCAACUGCGGUCAAAAACUAGGUCAGGAGAUCUAAAAUUAUUAAAAUCUUUUGACCUCUCUAGAGGCCAUAUUUUUCAAUGGAUCUUCAUGAAAAUUGAUCUGAAUGUUCACCUUGAUGAUAUCUAGGUCAUUUUCGAAACUGGGUCACAUGCGGUCAAAAACUAGGCCAGUAGGUGUAAAAAUAGAAAAACCUUGUGACCUCUCUAGAGGCCAUAUUUUUCAUGAGAUCUUCAUGAAAAUUAGUGAGAAUGUUCACCUUGAUGAUAUCUAGUUAAAGUUGAAAACAGGGUCACAUACCUUUGAAAACUAGGUCAAUAGGUCAAAUAAUAGAAAAGCCUUGUGACCUCUGUAGAGACCAUAUUUUUCAGUGGAUCUUUAUGAAAAUUGGGCAGAAUUUUUAUCUUGAUAAUAUCUAGGUCAAGUUCAAAACUGGGUCACAUGACCUCAAAAACUAGGUCACUAUGUCAAAUAAUGACGUCAUACUCAAAACUUGGUCAUGUGGGAAGAGGUGAGCGAUUCAGGACCAUCAUGGUCCUCUUGUUUUAUCAAAGAUUUUAGCAUUGACCCCAAAAACUUGUUUAUUUCACUGCUGAUCAUUGUUGGCUUAAAAUGAAGACAGAUAAUGUUUUAGAAAUGUUUGUAGUAUCCAGUGCAACAGCUAGUUGGGCAACAAUUUGUGGGUAUGUUGAGAUGGUUCAGAUUGUUGAGUAUAUCAAUGCCAAAAUGCUCAUUUUUGUACAACAUCUCUCGUCAUUGUUUUCUAUUUACUUUCUAAAGUUAAGAUGUUGUCCAGUACACCUAUUGAUAAUACCCAUGCAAAAAUACCUCCAAAAAGUAAAAACUGGUAUGUUAUUUGACAUUGAUGGAUAUUUCAUAUGUACAUGGAUAUGGAAGAAAUAUUACCAGAUCUGAUCAUCAAAGUGCUAUCUCUCUUUAUUUGUGCAUGAGCUCUCUUUAGUUAUCACCUCAUUGCUGUGUAUGUAAACCAUUGUCUUAUAAAAGUGCUAUUAAUCUGUAUUAUACCAGUUCUGUAUGCAUUGUUAUCUAGAUCUACUUCCUCUCUUUUCUCCCAGAAAGUCAUUUAAAGCUGUUCCAUUAUUUGAGCAUGCCUUAAUCAAUAAAUGCCUCUGUUUGCUGUUUUCUUUAUUAUGACUCUUGGUUUUGAUAGCAAUACCAAAAAUGGUAAAAAUGACCUACUCAUUUAUAGAUGAGGCUGUUCAGCUACCUUUCAGCAUUGCAAUAGUAACAUCUUGCUUUAGGUUAGAUUUUACAUUUCUAAUGCCCCUUACUCAAAGAUCAAGAUCACACUCAGAGGUCAAAGGUCAAUAGGAUUUGGUUACAAAAAAAUUGAUCAAACAUUUAGCUAGAUGUUAUAUAUAAGUUACCACUUCCAUCAAAUGAAGCAGUAUUGGAGGCAUGCACUAUUUCAAAAGUAGUUUAUUGUUUCAUGAAGAAUAUGUUGAAUUUAGGAACAGGACUGUUAAAGUUAGCAAAAAUAUUACUGAUACAGUGAGCAGUAUUAGUUUUAAGUAACUCUUCUGUUUGAACAUGUAUUCAGUGUCUGAGGUAUAUACCUUACAGGUUUUAUAUAAAGACUCUUUCAUAAGUUAUUUCUACAUGUACAACAACAGUAUACCUGUUUUAUUAAAAUAAUGUUUAAGGUUUUUAAGUCUUGUUGUAAAUUGGUAUUUCAUUUUUGACUUUGGAUAAUGGGGAAGUAUAGACAGAUACUCACAAGCCAAGUUUUGGUUUUUGUUCACAUCUUAAAUAUGCUAUUUAGUGGUGUUUCAGAUAUAAAAAAAGCAACAUGAGAAGAAUAUCCAACCUACAUAUAGACCACACUUCUAUGAUUUCUUCUAAAUUUUUACUGUAUUUUGUUAUAGAUUAUUUUGUAUGCAGUAUUUUCUGCGAGUGUGUGUGUGUGUGAACAGUUAACAUCAUUUAUAUAUAAAUGUUAGAUCUAUUUAUUGCACAUGGAUAUAUUAUAUAAUUAAUUGUAUUUGUAACAAUUUAUAACCUUAAUUGAGAUAAAUUGUUCUGUUUCAUUUCAUUUUUUUUUUUUUUGUACUUUUGUUAUUAUCAAUUUAGUUAUAAAGAGCCAGAAUUUUCUUUAUUCUUAACACCAUAAAUAGGGUAGAGAGUAGACAUUUCUGACAUUGUUGGGGUAAGUUCUGAGUGUGUCGGUACAAGUUCUGACACUGUUGGGGCAAGUUCUGACUGUGUCGGUACAAGUUCUGACAAGUGUUGGGGCAAGUUCCAACUGUGUCGGUACAAGUUCUGACAGAUUUGGGGCAAGUUCUGAUAGUUUUGGUACAAGUUCUGACAGUGUUUGGGCAAGUUCCGACUGUGUCGGUACAAGUUCUGACAGAUUUGGGGCAAGUUCUGAUAGUGUUGGUACAAGUUCUGACUGUGUUGGGAAAGCUCCAUUAGCAUUUGGACGUGUGUGGGCAAUUUUUGGUAGUGUUUGGACAGUGUUAUGACAAAUUUGGACAGCAUUGGGACAAGUUCUGACAGUGUUGAGACAAGUUUCAUCAGUGUGGGACAAGUUCUGCCAGUGUUGGGACAAGUUCUGACAUUGCUUGGGCAAGUUCUGACAAUGUUGAGACAAGUUUCAUCAGUGUGGGACAAGUUCUGCCAGUGUUGGGAAAAGUUCUGACAGUGUUGGGAGUGUUAUACUAUCUCCCUGAUGGUGAAUUGAUCAGCUACUUUAAUUUGACAUUAUUUCGUAAUUAAUGUCAAAUUGACGGUUACCUGUUCAACAGUUCAGAAUCUCAUGUGUUCAAGUUCUUCCAUGCAUAACUCCAAUUGAAUGGUCAUUCCCCUUGAUCAGAGUCUCUUCCAGAACUUUAAAAAAGAAAUUCUAUUCUGUAUCAUAGAUUCAUUUCGGCUGUUUCUUGUAGUGGAAAGAUAAAACAACUAUUUCAAAAUAAGAUACUGAGACAAUCAUUUCAUACCUAGGUUUAUUGUAAAAAGAAUUGCCCAGACAAUGCUGACAGUUUACAAAUUACAGUUUCUUCUGAGCUUAUGUUGCUACAAUUUUAGCCUGGAUUGGUGACAGGUCAUAAAGUACUAAAUUACCACAGAAGAUCCUGUAGGAAUGAUCACUAUGCUAGGUUGUUUUUGUCUGUCCUGAAUUAGCUCAAUAAUACUGAAAGAAAGGUAAAAUAAAAUUCACUUAGUUUAAAGAGAUACACAUGUGAAAUACUGGACAAAAAGUUAAAAUCCUUUUAUUUAUUGUAUAAAUGGUAUUUCUCACAUUUUAUUGACAUGCAUAAGAUAGAUAUUUUCUUCAUUGGGUGUUGUGCAUGCACAAUUUCCAUAACCUUGUUAACCUGACUUUUCCAGGUUAGGAAAACAACAGUAACUGAAAGUUGCUAUAAAAUGUCAUUUCCACUUUCUUUCCGACAAGGUAAAGAUACUUGAUGGUCUAAAUAUGGAUUGGAUGUUUUGGCUAUUUCACCUAUCUUCAUUAUUAUAGCACCCACAACAGCAGGAAAUAGCCUUGUUCAUUUUCCUAUUAUUUUGUAAGUAAAAUGGACUAAAUAUAUCAUUGAUCUGUUUCUUGAAAAAAAAAAAAAAAAUCACCUAAGUAUCUCUUUAAAGGAUUAAUCCAGAUGUUUUGUUCAGAGCACCAGUUAUGACAGUGUUAGAUUUCGCAAUAUUACUAAAUUGAUUUUGUCAGUAGAAAGUUUGAUACUUCAUCUGUUGUUUUCAGUCAGUUCACAGACAGGACAGAACUCUACCUGUUGUUAAUAUAUUCACCAACAGCACAUGGACUCUUAUAUAAACUCUUCUUGGCACCUGUUUUUCAACAUUAUUUAUUACAUGAUCAAUUUUGUUCUGCAAGUUUUAACCAUAUUUUGCACCAGAUCAGUCGUCAGUUUGUAUUUGUUAUAAUUAAUUAGAGUUCAUGUUACUAUGAUAAUACAUUUGCAUAAUUCUU